AUGGACAGGUUUGGAGACAGUGGCGUUGAAGAGCUGAAAGCUCAGUUGGAGAGCUGCCACCAGCAGUUAAUGGACUCCAAUCGGCACAAGCUGGAGCUGGAGGGUCAGCUCAAAAACGCUCUUGAGCGCGAACAGCAGAUCCGUGCUGGUUAUAUUUCACCGCUGGAGUCCCCUUUGAGUGUUGAGACAGAGCCCCAGAUGAAGAGGACUGAACUGGUUAGUUCUCAAGCUCAGAGCUUAACAAAGAAGUACCAGGAAACCAAAGAGAUCCUGCAGCUUCAAGAACUGAAAAAGCGCAACAUGCAGGCACAGCUUGGCCUUUCUCUCUCACACUGGCCCGCAAAGGAACCUUACCUUUCUGACACCAAAAAACCCGCCACCUCUGAGGUCUGUCCCUCAAACUCCAUUCAAAAAACGGUCAGCUUCAUGCUUCAGGAUAGCGAGGGAAAGAUCAGAGAGCUAGAGAGCUUGAUAGAUGCCAGUGAGCCUCUGACAUUAAGAGAGCUGAUAAAGCUCAUGCAUUCACAUAGCGAAUACGUUGGGGUAGAAAGUCCUCAAGGACAGGAAAGCAGUGAGUCAGUUGGAGAAAUGUCGCAGAAACUGUUGGAAAGCCUCAAAAACCAACAGGAGAAUGAGACAAUGAGGAAAAGCUUGGAAAAGGCUGGAGACUGUAUUCGGGACUAUGAAGCUCGUUUGGUCACCAUGGAGGACAUGUUGGGAAGAGUUCAUAGGCAGAAAAUGGAGAGUUCGUUUGUACUAGGUUGCUCGAGGGAAGACCAUCCGGAUCGGUCGCAGCAGGUGGAGUUGCUCGCGAGCGAAAAUGUAGCUUUGAACCAGCGCUAUCAGGAAAUUGUGAACCAGUUGAUAGAAGCAGAUCGAGAGAUAGACAGGCUGAAAGCUGAGCUUUGUAGACUACGUAGCGGUCAGCAAUAUCCACAUUCCAACAUGGAACAGGAGCAAGAAAACAAAAAGACCUCUGAGAAAAAUGUGUACAAGCAAGAACUCCAUGAAAAGUCACAGAAGCUACAAGAGGCUCUUAUUAAAUUGGAAACUCUUGGUAAUAAUUUGAAAGAUACAGAGAAAAGAUUGCAACUUAAAGAAGCAACUCUUAGGGGUCUUGGAUUUCAGGUGGCAGAAAGUGAAAAAGAUGAUAAAGAGUUAGAUUCGGAGACAAAUGACCUCAAGCGCCAAUUGGAGGUCCUUCAGUCCAAGCUUUCAGAGAAGGACAAGCAGCUUCAAAAUGCUGAGCAGGUCUGUAGAGAACUUCAGUCCCAGAAUGCGAAACAUGAAGAGACCGCAAGGAUGUGUAGUCAGAUGCUUGUAGAUACUCAGGAGGAAAUUAGGACGUUGAAAGAGAAGGCAGGCACUCAAGGUACGUUUGGUAGUGAACCAGGAACAGAAAUUGGGUGCCAAGAGUUGAUGCAAAAACUCACAAAUGAAGGUGUAAUUGAGGAAGUCGUGGAAGAGUUCAAGAGCAAGUCUAAAUCUCUUAAUCAUCUACUUGACAUGUUGGUAAUAGGCAGUAAGACAGAUUUGUCCAACACCGGCAUGGACACCAACAUUUUGGAUGAGAAUCAUGGAGGAAUGAUGGAGAUGUUUGAGAGAUUGAUUCUACAUAAGGUUUUAGCUGGUUUAGAGGACUGUCAAAAAGGCUCAGAGGUUGAGCAAACCCUAAGGAAAGUUGUAGAACGUAUGCUAGUGGAUAAUGAAAUGCUGCUUCUUAUGAAUAAGCUCUCCAACCUCCAAGAACUUCAAAGUGACGCAAAACCUGCAUCUUGCACAGAAAAAAGUGCUGGAUAUGGAAAUGCACUGAAUGAAGAGACAAUGAAAUCGAAUGUUUUGAAUUGGUUGCCUGAUGAUGCUGCCAAACCCUGCGUCAUGAAGACUCUUGCUGAAGUCAUUCAGAAGAAAGUGACGCUAUUGAAUCAAGCCGCUUCUGCUCUUAGGGAACAAACUAAUGAGGAGCUUCAAUCAUUGGCUUUGACUCUGUCAAGCUGUGGCACUCAAAGAACCUGGUCUGAGUAUGUUCGUGAGGCCAUAAUGGACAUAACAUGCAUGUACUUGGUAGUUCUUCAAAUGUUGCCAAGGACAAGACCGUCAGACCUGUCUGCAUGUGCAAAUUGUGCAGAUUUGAGAGCACAACUCGAGUCUAAGAAGCAGGUGUUGUCAAGCGUCCAGAGUCCCAUCGGUGUAACCCACAUUCAGAUCGAAGGAGAACCAAUUGACUCUCUGGACAAGGCCAUACAGCUUCAGGACAUGAUGGCCAAGCAUAAGAAGGAGCUGCGAGAAUUAAAGGAGGCGUACGAGCAAGAAGCAGAAAAGCUGAGGCUGGAAGUGGCCAAGGCUGGUGAGACUCUGAGACUGAGAUCCGAGGAGAACGUGAAAGAGAUCGACUCUCUGACGGUGUGCAUGGAGAACCUGAAGAAGAAGCACGAGAUGGAGCGUAAGGACUUAAUAGCACACUUCAAUCAAGAGAUGGAAGAGCUUACGGAUGCCGUCGGCCCUGUCGAACCUGCAACAGAUAGCGAGCCAAACUCAACUUCCCUCAAAGUGCGGCUCCAAAAACUCGUGUCCCGGCUGUCCGAACUGACUGAGGAAACAAAUCUGCGAGAUCGUGAUGCGACAUUGCUGCGUCUGAAAUACGAGAAAGACCUGGAAAACCUAAAGGCGACGUGUGAACGAGGCUUUGUCACCAUGGAAGAGUCUCACCAGAAGGUAAUCGAUGAGCUGCAGAAAAAGCACCAGCGGGAACUGGAGAAACUGCAGGAGGAGAAAGAGAGACUGCUGGCAGAAGAGACUGCAGCCACUAUAGCUGCUAUUGAAGCAAUGAAGAAUGCACAUCGGAUGGAGCUUGAGCGGGAACUGGAGAAAGCACGCAAGGCCAACAGCAACAAUGAAAACGCAGACAUAGAGGAAAUCCGCAAACAGCACGAGGAAGAGCUGAUGUCGUACCAGAGGGAGAUCGAGGUGUUGUCAGAGCAGUACUCGCAGAAGUGCUUGGAAAACGCUCAUCUGGCCCAGGCGCUGGAGGCCGAGAGACAGGCGCUCAGACAGUGCCAGCGGGAGAACCAGGAACUCAAUGCGCACAACCAGGAGCUAAACAAUCGUCUGGCAGCUGAGAUCACUAAGAUGCGAUCGAUGACAAGCGAGGACGGCGGAGACACUGGCGGGUUCAUACAGGGGAAGGAGCUGUAUGAGCUGGAGGUAAUGUUGAGGGUGAAGGAGUCAGAAGUGCAGUAUCUGAAGCAGGAGAUCAACUCUUUAAAAGAUGAGCUCCAGACUGCCCAAAGAGAUAAAAAAUAUGCAACCGAUAAAUACAAGGACAUCUACACGGAGCUGAGCAUCGUACGGGCCAAAGCAGAGCGCGAUCUGAGCCGACUGCGCGAGCAGCUGCAGCAGGCCCAUGAUGCACUGGGGGAUCCCGCGCUAGAGGACGCGGAGCGCGGCGGUUACGAUAUCAUGAAGUCAAAGAGCAAUCCUGACAUUUUAAAGAUGGCGGCCGCAGCAGCCAAACGCUCCGAACGCACCAUGAGGUCAAAGAGUCUGAAGGAAGGUUUGACGGCGGAGCAGAGACUUCACUUGUUCGACAACAAGGACACUAAGGACUUCUGACACGGACGCGUCGACCGGCCUCGCUGCAUGCUAAUAAAGAGCCGCGUAUUUUAGCCCAAUAAUCAAUCACUUAGAGACACACUGGUCACAGCUACAGCGUAUAUUAAACAUGGUAUGAAGUUUGAGUUUUAUGUCUAUAGUCUGCAUUUCAUGCACUUCAGUUACUGUGACGUUGCUGGUUUGUUUUCAUUGCCAUGUCUUAAUGUAAAUACUUUGUUUUUAAUGAAGCAUCUAUCAUGCGUACACUAAACACGGCCGUGUAAGCUACUGUUUGAACUCUUUAGUUUGUGUGAAUCGCCAGUGGAGGAAGUAACCCACGUCAUGACUCGACACUACAGAUUAUUGGCACGGCAGGAAUCAUCACGCGUGACGCUAGAAGUGGUCGCUCUGCGCGUUUCCUCCGGCUCUUUCUUGUUUUAGUGAAAUGGGAUGCAUAUAAAAUAGCUGCAUUUAGUCGACGCUUGCAUCAUUAACCGCUGACCUUCUGCAGCUUCUCCGGAUGUUUUAAAUAAAGGACCAUUUCUGAUGACUGUAAAGCACACAGGAACAGACCUGAAAGGGUUUGGGCUGCUCUAAAGAAUAUUAACAAGGCUGUAUAAGGUUGCCGUUAUGAA